UGCCCGCAGCGAGCACUAGUAGUUCUGACUGUACUGCACACGUGUGGUGGUUAUAAAGUUUUACCCAUGGCAGGAUCAUUUUCUCAGGAGCUCGAGGAUUUGUUGAAUCCUUUGCCCAAAUUUGCCGACCCCGAGGAUGACCAGGACGAGGCCACCAAAGCCAAAGUGGUAGAACAAUUCAACGAGGACGAAGACGACGAAGAUGGGGUCGGCCACAGCGCCCUGCGGAAGCACAACACAUCCCUGCUCUCAGAAACAGACCGUCGGUAUGUGGGGAAGAAAAUCUCUCGUAAACAGCUGCUUAUGGAUAUUGAUGGAUCUGGUGAGGAGGAGGAUGAAGAGGAGGAGGAUGGCAGGCUAAAAGAGCAGGAAGAAAAUGAAUCUAUGGGCGAUGAAGAGGCAGAGGAGGAGGAAGAAGAUGAUGAGGAAGGUUUGGUGGACAGUGAUGCACACAUGAGCUUUCCUCAGGGAGUGGACUUCCACAAACUGACAGAGGGCAUGGAUGACCUCGGAGUUAGUGAGGAAGACGAUGAGAGCGGAGGUGAAACAGAAGGCAGUGAUGAAGUUGAAGGCUCAGAAGACGAUGAUGAUGAUGAUGAUGAUGAUGAUGAUGAAGACGGCGAGGGAGUCGUCCGCACCUUCUCCCAGGACAAAGUGGACGAGGAGGUCGAGAAAGGAAAGGCUGUGAAGAACCAGCUGGCCCUGUGGGACCAUCUGCUCGAAGGUCGGAUCAAGAUCCAGAAAGCUCUGGUGACCGCCAACCAGCUUCCCCAGCCGGAGACUCUCCCAGAGUUCAAGAGCAGGGGCGGAGCUGAGCUCGCCGGGGAGCUGAAGAACGCCCACAAAGCUUUGAAGGCUCUUCAGAGGUCCCUGCUGGAGCUGCAUGAUGACCUGCUGCACCAGAACACAGACACCCGGAGCAUCGCGGUGGGGAAGACGGGAGCUCAAGGUGACGACGACGAGGAGAUACACAGUGAGGAAGAUGAGGAGGAAGAGGGGUCAUCUCGGGAUAGUGGAGCACCGAAACGUAAACUUGAGAUGGCGGAGUAUCCAGACUUCAUGGCCAAGCGUUUCGCUGCUUUCCAGCCUUACCGUAACGCCACGCUGCAGAAGUGGCACGACAAAACCAGAUUGACGAUGGGCAAAAGCAGCAAGGGCUUCGGGGCGUUUGACAGAAACAUACUGACACAGGUGGAGCAGGUGCUGAUGGACAACGAGAGGCUGGUGAGGCGGACUCAGACCCGCCGCUCUGAAUACAGAGUCCUGGGGAAAAAAGAGGCCUCGGCUCUCUCGUCUGAGACUGUGUUUAACGAAGACGGGGAAGAGGCGGGACAGCAGCUGAAAGCAAACACGCAUCUAAAAGAUCUGGAUGAAGACAUAUUCGAUGAUGACGAUUUCUACCACCAGCUGCUAAGAGAUCUGAUCGAGCGCAGGACCAGUGCCGCGGACCCCAAUGACCAAGUGGCCAUGGGCAGACAGUGGCUGGCCAUCCAGAAAUUACGCAGCAAGAUAAAGAAGAAGGUGGACACUAAAGCCAGCAAGGGGCGUAAAGUCAGAUUCCACAUCCACAGUAAACUGGUCAAUUUCAUGGCUCCUAUGGAUCACAGCUCCAUGAGUGACGAGGCACGCAGCGAACUGUAUCGCGGCCUCUUCGGUCACAACUCCACAGCCAGGGAAUGAGGUGACGUAAAUGACAGGACAACAACAAAUCAGUGCCUUUCUUUUUUCUUUGUUCGCUGACGCGGGGGAUAAUGCAGAGCAGCAUUACGGGUUAGGACUUAAGACGAGGCCUGCUGUCAGUAUGGUGCUGUGACAUGGCAGAAUAUAAACUCAUUGGGCUCACACAGUUGUUAAAAAAUACCUCUGUAAUGGGAUUUCAGCAUGUGUGUUGAGUAUGUGUGUAUGUGACCAAUUUGUAAAGAAAUAUGCAAUAUGAGUGUUUCCACCCAAACAAAUCUCUUGAGUGUUAAAUGGAAGAAGUACAAUAAAUGUAAACGUUUGGUCUUGUCACAAAAACUCAUGAAUCAAGUGAAGUUUUACAUCAAAGUGUAAAGUUUUUUUUUAUAUAUAUAAAGUUGAUUGUACAACAUAAUAUACAGUAGUUAUCUUUACAGGUAAGGUUUUGCAUUUUAGUAUGCAACAACUGUGAUUCCUUCAUUGCUUUAUGCUAAGAGGAAAAAAUCAAUACUGGCACAUUAAGGCAGUUAAUAUUUUGUUUUUGACUGCUAAUGAAACCUGACAUUAAAUUAAUUCACAAAAAUAA